AUGGGCUCAACACGUUACGACACCCAAAGAUCUGACUUCCGCCGCCCCCGCGAGAACGUAGUCCAACAGGGCACUACGCCGCCCCAGGCGAACGAUCCGUACCACGCGCGAGGCCAGCCCCUUCGCGCGGGCGAAGUACGCGAGUAUCCCAGAUACGACGGGAAAACGCAAGACGGGGGCAAGAAGGAUGGAUAUCAUGACUGA